GAUUUAGAAUGAACCGAAGUCACUUGACAUUAUAUAACUCGUCUCUGUACUUUAGCACAUAUUGCGAGUCAUUUUUAUUAUUCUACAGGCAUCUUCCAGUCAAGUUAGGCUGAAGAUUCUAACGUAAAAGUUCGGCGAAUGCACCGGCGUUGAGAGAUAACUAAAUUAUCAGCAAAUUGGCACUUUUUGUGUUGUUUUCGUUUUAAAAAUAAAUCUGAAAUACGAAUAAAUAUUUUUUUGCUGUGAAAUCGUAGGUCCGUAAAAUGCUUUUCAAAGUGCAUCAGGUUAAAAAGGCGUGCUUAGUCGCCACUCAACGUGCUUAUCGCACAUCAAGUGUGUUACACUCAAAAAUUCCAUUAUCGAAAUUCGACAACGAUGUUUACUUACCAUAUGAAAAACUCAACAGCAACUUGGAAGUGGUCAAGAAGCGCUUGAAUCGUCCAUUGACCUUGUCAGAGAAAGUUUUGUACUCUCAUUUGGAUGAUCCACAAAGCCAAGACGUCGUUCGUGGUACAUCGUACUUGCGUUUGCGUCCCGAUCGUGUAGCUAUGCAAGAUGCCACCGCACAAAUGGCUAUGCUUCAGUUCAUUUCAUCGGGAUUGCCACGUGUUGCUGUCCCAUCCACUAUUCAUUGCGAUCACUUGAUUGAGGCACAAAUUGGUGGCGAACAAGAUUUGGCCCGUGCCAAGACUAUCAACGAGGAAGUUUACCGUUUCUUGGCGACAGCUGGUCAAAAGUAUGGCGUCGGUUUCUGGAAGCCCGGAUCUGGUAUCAUCCAUCAGAUCAUUUUGGAGAAUUACGCCUUCCCGGGAUUGUUGAUGAUUGGUACAGACUCGCACACACCAAACGGUGGAGGAUUGGGUGGCUUGUGCAUUGGUGUUGGUGGUGCUGAUGCUGUUGAUGUUAUGGCCAAUAUUCCAUGGGAACUUAAAUGCCCAAAAGUGAUCGGUGUACAUUUGAGUGGAAAGAUUAGCGGAUGGACAUCACCAAAAGAUGUUAUCCUUAAGGUGGCCGAUAUUUUGACUGUAAAAGGUGGUACGGGUGCUAUUGUAGAAUACUAUGGAAAGGGUGUUGACUCAAUUUCAUGUACCGGUAUGGCAACAAUCUGUAACAUGGGUGCUGAGAUCGGUGCUACCACAUCAACCUUCCCAUUCAACGGCCGUAUGUCUGACUAUUUGAAAUCAACUGGUAGAGGUGAUAUUGCCGCUGAAGCUGCAAAAUACCAAGCAAAACUUUUAUCAGCUGAUAGCGGUGCUGAAUACGAUCAAGUCAUCGAUAUUGAUUUGGAUAAACUCGAACCACAUGUUAACGGUCCAUUCACUCCAGAUCUUGCUCAUCCAAUCACAAAACUCGGCGAAAAUUCAAAGAAAAACGGAUAUCCAUUAGACAUUCGUGUUGGUUUGAUUGGUUCAUGCACAAACUCAUCUUACGAAGACAUGGGUAGAUGUGCUUCAAUUGCAAAGAAUGCUAUGAACCACGGAGUUAAAUCAAAGAUUCCGUUCAACGUCACACCAGGAUCUGAGCAAAUUCGUGCUACAAUCGAACGAGAUGGAAUUGCUGAAACAUUCAGAGAAUUUGGAGCUACUGUAUUGGCUAAUGCUUGCGGUCCAUGCAUUGGACAGUGGGAUCGUAAAGAUGUGAAAAAGGGUGAGAAGAACACAAUCGUUACAUCAUACAAUCGAAACUUUACCGGACGUAAUGACGCAAAUCCAGCCACACAUUGUUUCGUCACAAGCCCCGAAAUGGUGACAGCAUUGUCGAUCGCCGGUCGUCUCGAUUUCAACCCUUUGACUGACUCCCUCAAGGGUGCAGAUGGCAAAGAAUUCAAACUUGAACCACCAUUCGCUGAUGAAUUGCCAAGCAAAGGCUUUGACCCAGGCAGUGACACAUAUGCCGCACCACGUGAGGACGGCUCUUCCGUUAAAGUAGAUGUUGAUCCAAAGAGCCAACGUUUGCAAUUGUUGGAACCAUUCGACGUUUGGAAUGGCAAGGACUUGACCGACUUAACCGUUUUGAUCAAAGUCAAGGGAAAAUGUACAACUGAUCACAUCUCAGCUGCUGGCCCAUGGCUAAAAUAUCGUGGUCACUUGGACAACAUUUCAAAUAACAUGUUCAUUGGUGCUGUUAACUCAGAGAAUGGCGAAGUGAACAAAAUUAAGAAUCAAUUGACCGGCGAUUGGGCUGGUGUUCCAGAUGUUGCCCGUCAUUAUAAAGCCAACGGUGUCCAAUGGGUUGCUGUUGGUGACGAAAACUACGGAGAAGGUUCAUCUCGCGAGCACGCUGCUCUUGAGCCACGUCAUCUCGGUGGUCGUGCUAUCAUUGUCAAAUCGUUUGCCCGUAUCCACGAAACUAACUUGAAGAAACAAGGUCUUUUGCCACUUACAUUCGCCAAUCCAUCAGACUAUGAUAAGAUUCAACCAACCGACAAAAUUUCGCUUCUUGGAUUGUCUAACUUGGCUCCAGGUAAAUCAGUCGACUGUGAAAUCAAACACGCCGAUGGAUCCGUAGACAAAAUCAAAUUGAACCACACACUCAAUGACCAACAAAUCACAUGGUUCAAAGCUGGAAGUGCUCUCAACCGUAUGAAACAAAUCGCAGCCGGCAAAUAAGUCAUCCAAAUCCAUUAAUCAUAUUGAAAGCUAUUGUUGAUUCGAAAUAUAAGAGCGAAACCGAUUUCAAGAAUAAUAUUGGCGAUCAAAAUUAUCAAUUAAAGCGAAAUAAAAAGUAAUGUAACUGAUUUUGUAUAGAAAUUGCAUGAAUAAUAAAUCAAAUUUCAUUUAAUAAAAAA